AUGGUAUUGGCACAUUCCAUCAAUACUAACCCAAACACAAACACAAACACAAACAACACUUCUACCACUAGUUCCACCACUACUAUACCCAAUGAUUCAAAAAUAUUAUGUAUUAAUUUUAAUCAAGAUCAAGGAUGUUUUGCAAUAAGUCAUGAACAAGGGUUUUUGGUUUAUAAUACUGAUCCUAUCGAAUUACGAGUCAAACGAAAUUUCAUCGUCAAUAGUCAUACUACUUCAUCCAGGUCAAAUCAUAGCAAUGGCAGCAAUAGUAAUAACAAUCAUCGUAAUAAUAGUACAGGCAGUAAUGGAUCUGUUUCAUCACUGGGAUCCAAUAAUGAAACAACUUUGGGUUAUAAAUCGACCCAUAAAUCCGCAUCCGGAUCAGGAUCAGGAUCAGGAUCAGGGAUUGGUCAUAUAUCUAUGCUACAUAGAACAAAUUAUCUUGCAUUAAUAGGAGGAGGAGAAAAUCCUAAAUUCCCCAUUAAUAAAUUAAUUAUUUGGGAUGAUUUAAAAAGGAAAACUAGUUUACUGUUAGAAUUCGAUACUCCGGUUUUAAAUGUAUUAUUAUCUAGAGUUCGAAUUAUUGUUGUUUUAAUUGAUCAAAUUAUCGUAUAUGGAUUUGCUGCUCCACCGAAAAAAUUUCAAACUUUUAAUACGAUUAAUAAUCCAUUAGGUAUAGCUGAUUUAUCAGUUAAUAGUCAACAAUCAAAUGUUCAUUUAUAUAAUAAUUAUUCCCUGAAUCUGGCCCAAGCUCAAGUACUGGGAACUACUACUACAACGCAUUAUGAUUUUUCAAAACGGAAAAGUUUAUCACCAACAAAUUCAUCAAAUUCAUCAAGCACUUCAUUAAAAGAAAAUGGAACCAAUUUAACUACGUAUCCAUCACCAUCAUCAACAACUUCAGCUUCAGCUUCCGUAGCUACAAUAACUAAUACACCAGAGGCGGCAACCACAGCUAAUCCAACCACAGCAACAACAACAGCCACUACCACGGCUACCACCACCACCACCACCACUCUGGCUAAGCCAUUAGUCAAUGGAAUUGGAUCAUCUUAUCAAACAUUAGCAUUUCCAGGUCGAUCAAUGGGACAGAUCCAAAUUGUUGAUGUUGGCAAUAAUCACCAUAGUGGUACUAACAUUAAACCUACAAUAAAUAUUAUUAAAGCUCAUAAACUGAAUAUUCGAUGUUUAUGUCUCAAUAGAACGGGGACAUUAAUAGCUAGUGCUUCUAUUACUGGUACAAUAAUCCGUAUUCAUUCUACUAGAACAACGGCAUUAUUAUAUGAAUUCAGAAGAGGUAUAGAUCGAGCCAUUAUUACAUCGAUGAAAUUUAGUCAUGAUGAUAGUAAAUUGGCAGUUUUAUCUGAUAAACAUACUUUACAUGUAUAUAAUAUUGAUGAAACUCAAUAUCCAAAUGAUGGUGGCAGUGGUGGCACAAAAGAUGGAGGAGGAGGAGGAAGAGGACUGAAAAAUCGUCAUCAUUUAUUGAAUGGAUUAUUACCUUAUUUACCAAAUUAUUUCCAAAGUACUUGGAGUUUUUGUUCUGUUAAUACCAAUAAAUAUCAUACUUCCGAUUUGGAAGAUAAUCUGCAACAACAACAACAACAAUGGGUUGCAAAUGGUACAGGAGGAGGAGGAGUUGAUGAAGGAGUCAUUGGAUGGAGUGGUAAUGAUAGUAUAAUAAUUAUAUGGAAAUUGAAAAAAAUUUGGGAAAAAUAUGUUAUUGUUGAAACAGAAAAUCAUCAAUAUGAUUUAAUACGAUCAAGUUGGAAAAGACUUGAUAGUUAA